AUGAACUCUCCUUCGGGGACAGAAGCCCCACCAGACCCGGCCCAGGAAUCCAACGGCAUAGCCACCCCAGCCUCCCGCAGCAGGUGGGACAGCUCCUGGAGCAGCACCUCCAGCCUAGACCACCCUCCGCCGGUCAGCCCCACGGCAGCCAGGGCUCAGGCUGCUGCCUGGGUCCCCUUUCCCACGGUCGAUGUUCCAGACUAUGCCCACUACACCCUGGGCACGGUGAUCCUGCUGGUGGGGCUCACAGGGAUGCUGGGAAAUCUGACGGUCAUCUAUACCUUCUGCAGGUAUUUACUUCAUGGAGUCAAUGUGAUGAUUAAGAGCAGAGGUCUCAGGACACCUGCCAACAUGUUCAUCAUCAACCUCGCAGUCAGCGACUUCCUCAUGUCCUUCACCCAGGCCCCCGUCUUCUUCGCCAGCAGCGUCUACAAGCAGUGGCUCUUUGGAGAGGCAGGCUGUGAAUUCUAUGCCUUCUGUGGGGCUCUCUUUGGCAUCACCUCCAUGAUUACCCUGACGGCCAUCGCCCUGGACCGCUACCUGGUGAUCACACGCCCACUGGCCACCGUCGGGAUGGUGUCCAAGAGGCGGGCGGCGCUUAUCCUGCUGGGCGUCUGGCUCUAUGCCCUGGCUUGGAGUCUGCCGCCCUUCUUUGGCUGGAGUGCCUAUGUGCCCGAGGGGCUGCUGACCUCUUGCUCCUGGGACUACGUGAGCUUCAUGCCAUCGGUCCGCGCCUACACCAUGCUGCUCUUCUGCUUUGUGUUCUUCCUCCCCCUGCUUGUCAUCAUCUACUGCUACAUCUUCAUCUUCAAGGCCAUCCGGGAGACGGGCCAAGCUCUCCAGACUUUCGGGGCCAGCGAGGGUGGUGGUGAGUGCCCCUGGCAACGGCAGCGUCUGCAGAACGAGUGGAAAAUGGCCAAGAUCGAGCUGUUGGUCAUCCUUCUCUUCGUGCUCUCCUGGGCCCCCUACUCCACUGUGGCCCUGAUGGGCUUUGCUGGGUAUGCACAUGUCCUGACGCCCUACAUGAACUCGGUGCCAGCUGUCAUCGCCAAGGCCUCUGCCAUCUACAACCCCAUCAUUUAUGCCAUCACCCACCCCAAGUACAGAAUGGCCAUCGCCCAGCACCUGCCCUGCCUCGGGGUGCUGCUGGGCGUGUCAGCCCAGCGCAAUGGCCUGUACACCAGCUACCGCUCCACCCACCGCUCCACACUGAGCAGCCAGGCCUCGGACCUCAGCUGGAUCUCUGGACGGAGGCGCCAGGUGUCCCUGGGCUCUGAGAGCGAGGUGGGCUGGACAGACACGGAGGCAACAGCUGCUUGGGGGACUGCCCAGCAAGUGAGUGGAUGGUCCCCCUGCGGUCAGGGCCCGGAGGAUGUGGAAGCCAAGGCCCCUCCCAAGUCCCAGGGACAGGAAGCAGAGGCUCCCGGAAAGACCAAGGGGCUGCUCCCCAGCCUGGACCCCAGGAUGUAG